AUGGAGGAGGAAUAUUGGCGUUGUUUGCCACAGAUUGAGUCUAAAGCGAAGAGUGCACAUGCAAAGUUGAAGCGACAAUUCCACUUGAGUCAACUUAACUUUGAGAGAUCAUGGGUAACUAUUCACUCAUUGUUAGAGUUGGAGCACACAGAGAUUAAGGCAUCUUUUGAAAAGAGUCGAUGUUUUAUUCAACAUAGCUUUAGGCAUCCGAAGUUGAGCGAGUUAGUAGGUUUUGUUUCUAUAAAGGCUUUGAGUGUAAUUGUGUGCGAGUUAGAAAGGUUAGAGAUAGAUGGGGUGGAUGCUUUGUCAUGUGUUUGUGCUAUUCGUCGAACCCACCAAUUACCAUGUGCACAUGAAAUUGUGGAGUAUAGUGAUCGUGGUGUACCAAUCCCACUUGAUGUCGUGCAUUCACAUUGGAGGAAAUUAGAUCUCAUCAAUAUAGGAAAUAGUAGUCAUGGCACAACUUCACCAGGAAAGUCACAAUUACAAAUAUUCAAUAUGUGGUAUGAACAACAAGAUGAUGAAAAGAAGAGACAAGUUCACAUAACACUGGAGGAGCUAAUGAAUCCCAGUUCCCCUUCAAAAGUGAAGUUGAAGACCAAAGGGAGACCGCGAAAAGUCAAUACUUCUACUCGUCGUUUGCCAUUUGCAUUUGAGAUUGCUGAGGCCUCCACUGCAUCAUCGAAAAAUAAACCAAAGCAAAGCCUCACUGCCUCACUAAAAAUAAACCAAAGAAGAGUACCACUGCAGUGCCAAAGAAAAGAAACAUGGUUGCUUCUAGUUCCAUAUUGUCUUAUCCAAAAAAAUUUAAGAACCAUAGCUACAUCAAUGGGAUUUGGUCAUAAUGAAUGGUGUAGAGUACGCAAGGAAUUGUUGCAGCAACUACAUAAUAUGUCUUCUGUUUUUAAGAAGUGUAUUCGUGAACAUAAACGGUGCAACAAGAUUGAGCUAGCGCUAAAUUAUUUUGGUGAUGGAUUUGCACCAUUCUUUUGUUGGAUGACCAUGCCUGAUAUGGGGCAUAUUAUUGCCACGUGUUAUAAUGUGGUUUUAAUCAUUCUAAGCAUGCGUCAAUGCCUUACAUUUCUUCCUUUCUCAGUUCAAUCAAGAGAAACCAAGCUACGUGAGAUUGCCAUUGGUUUUGUCGAUGAUGAUCAUUAUGUCCAGGUUCAUUUGUCUCCAGAUCAUCAUAUUCCAUCAGUUUCUAGAAUGUGGCAUGAAAAAAGUUCCAUAUGCAAUGUAACACAUUUGUACUCAAGGUACCAAGCACGUGUGGAUGCGUUUCAACAACUUCCAGGAGUGGAGAAUGUAGCCACUAUAGAUAUGACCGUAAGUUGGUACCCUCUAAAAUCUGCUACAAAGUCUCAACUGCUUGAUAAACCUAGGAAGGUUGUGUACGCAAUGCAACAGUUUCCCCUAAUGCCACGAGCGGCCUAG